UUUGUCCAGUUAUUGAGUUUUUAGGUCAUACUAAAAAUUAAUUAUUUAUUUUGAAGUUAAUAUAAAAUCGGUAAUAAUGACGUAUUGUUUCAGCACAUGAGGUGAUAUUGUCAGAAUAAGGCUUACGUGGGUAGUGCUUCUCACCAUGGCGGAUCCUUUGAGUUUGUUGCGGGAGUACAAUGUUAACAAUAAAGAAAUAAUCACCGAUGGAGACAACGUAAUCUUUGGAGAUUUUUCGUGGCCCAAAACUGUGAUGACCAACUAUCUGGUGUAUGGGUCUGGCAAGAAUGGACGCCCGGACUUCUAUUACACGUUGGAAUGCUUGCUGUAUCUCCUUAAAAAUGUCAAUCUCAGCCAUCCUGCAUACAUGCGGAAGGCUGCGGCUGAACAUAUGCCAGCAGUGCGACGUCCUGACCGCAAAGAGCUCUUAGCCUACCUCAAUGGAGAAACAUCAACAGCUGCUGCUAUUGAUAAAUAUGGUUCCUUUGAAGCUCCCACACAGGUAAAGAGGGAAGUUGAAGAUACCUCAAAUAGUACAGCCAAGAAACCUCGCUAUGAUGAUGGUGAUGGGCAUAAAAUUGAGGAACCACCUGUCCCUAGUCUGGAUGCCCAAGAAGAGUCAUCACUUAUCAGUAGCAUUGACCAGUUCUUGCCAGAGGCUGUGUCAACUGAAAAUAUUGCAAUAAUUGAAACCAAACAUUUUAUCCAUAAGACCAAAGAGGGUGAUGUCCCAAAACUUGGGACAGAUGCACACAACAGUGAAGCUUGAUACUGACAUCACCAUCAUCCUGCUAAGCUUUGACAAGCUUGCCUCACCUCCAGGAGGAAGGUCUCAUGAGAGUCAGUGUGCCUCACUCAGUGCCAAGGUUAGAGUCCCAGUGUGCCUCACCAACCUCUUGUUUUGACCAGAAGGUGUGCUUUAAGUUAUAUGUAUCAUAUAAUAAGAGUUUCUGUAAUGGAUACGAUGAAGAUUAGCAACAAGUGACUGGCAGUUGGGAGAAACUCAAUUUGUAGGGAAAAGUAAACAAACAUUUCAUGCCCCAUAUAAUUUUUGUUUGAGGCAUUUUUCUUUAAAUCAAGUUUGAGCUAUGAGCUUGAUAAUUUUGGAGUAGCCAUCUUACUUUUCCAUUAUUUAUUUAUUUUCUUAUGUGAGAGGGGCACUGGCGAAUGGCAACAAAAAUUUGAAUUAAAAAGGCAUAGGAGUAUUUUAUCAGUAUACCUAAAUUGAUUGUGAUAAACAGUCAAAAUUGUUGUGACAUGCAUUUACAUUAUGUAUUUCAAUUAUUAUACAGGUAAGCAACAAAAAGAAAAGAAAAAAAAGAAAGGAAAAUAAAGAAAGAAAAAGAAAUCCUUAUUAAGUGGGUUGAGUCAGUAUAGUAUGGAUCAGGACAAUGUAGGUCUUGAUGUAUCAGCACUGAGCCACAGCCAUCUUCCACUAGCCAGGUACUAGUACCUGGUGAUGCUAUCCCCUACUUGUCUUCCUAUCACCCUGCCACCCUACUAGCACACCGCACUGAGGGUUGCUGCAGUCCAUCUAGUUGGCUAUCAUACUGGGCAAAUUUCCUGUGGAUCUCAAGUCAUAGAAUCAUGUGUACCUACUACUGUAGUCUUCCCUAUCCUAUCACUUGCCUCUCAUGUGGUAGUCCUAACUGAUGCAUUUCCACAACAAAAUGUCUGACAUUUCUCUCUCCAUAUCCCAAUUUUCACUCAGAGUGGAGUUACUUUGGCUUUAGUGACGUAAUUUAUUGAAAGAAUGAAAAAAGAAAAUGUGGAGGCAUAAAUGGUUUGCAAGAAGAGAGAAGCAGAAAAAAGUGAUGCAGCAGUUGCAGUUUUAUGAAAUAUGAACAUUGUACAAUAGCCAAGAAAAACAAGACUACUUUAGGCUCUAGUGCAGGAUGAUUUGUUUUAUGUUGUUGCUGCUGCUAAUUCUUAUUAUUUAAUAUUUUUCAUGGAUGUUAACAGGGUAUCUAAAUGAAACUGUGAUCCUUUGGUGAAAUACACUGUAGCAUAUAUAGUAUAUAGUACAGUGAAUUUUUGGUAGAAUUGUGGGAGAAAAUAUUCUUGACAAACAACUUGGUUUACAGUUUGUAUUUUUUCAUAGGAUGUAUUUUAUUUAUUUAUUUAUUUGUCUUUAUUAUUAUUAUUAUUGUUUUUAUUUUAUUUAUUUAUUUUUAUUUAUUUAUUUAUUUAUUUAUUUAUUUAUUUAUUUAUUUUAUUUUUUUCCAUAGCAUGGGCACUUCCAGGGAUGUCUUCUGUGUGUUGUAGCAGUUUUGACUCUAUUUUUUAUCCACUUAAUACAAUGCCUGAUAAUUAUGAAUUGUGAGAGACAUAAUUCUUAUGUUAUUUGUUUCCUCUGCCAAACAUAUUUGUCAGUUCAGUUUGUUUACUAAGUCUCUAGAUAAAGUAAAGUAGAAAGCUG